CUCCCACUACUUUUGCUGGCUAGCAUCAUGCGAUAUGCCACGUGGAUCAGAAACAAAAGAAGCAAGAAUCAAUGAAGGAUGAAGAGCUGGAGACAGCUAGGAUAUUGAUUGCAGGCUUAAAGAGUCUACCCUGUGUGUUGUCAGAUGAGGCUGUGUGGUGAGUAGCUCUAUCACAAGUCAGUGGAGGACCAGGAGAGGAGCAUCCUAGAGAGGAAGAGGAAGAUUCAGCACGCCAUUACAGUGUGUGAUAAGGCAUGCCUGACAGAGUGUGGUGGUCCGGGGGCUGACAGCUGUAAGGAAUGUGCCCUGUGAUAUGAGGAGGUGGAGGGAUCUUGUACAGAUAUUGAUGAGUGUAGAGAAGAUGACUCCAUCUGGGGUACCUACUGUCUCAACACCCCGGGGAAACAUCGCUGUCAGGGUGUUAUAUUAUAAUAAUAUAAUACACGCUAAGAAUACGCGCAAAGGACAUAAUUAUACAGCAGUGCUUAUGGGAGGGACAAUUGAUGUUUACAAUCAAUGCACAGAACUGAAGAAGAAGCUGGCUCUCUGCAAGUCACUCAGAUUUGCAAGUACUUGGACAUUACAGCUUGAGGGUCACCACGUACAUGUACGUAGUAACCAUCUGAAUGGGGCCAGCAAUCAUCAUGGCCAGCAUAUGCUCACCAUGACAACAAUACGGAAAACGAUCCUCUGCUUACGGGAGGUAACUUGUACAAAGACUAAGAGAAGGAGUGAUCAGCAGCAAUACUCUGAUGUGUGCAGGAAGACUGGAGUGACUGAUCAACAGCUCGAUCAAGAAAUCCCCAACAGUGACAUCUACUGUGUAGCUGAACACAUUGAGGACAUCUACUGUGUAGCUGAACACAUUGAGAUGACACCUGGCCUGCUUGAAAGACUCGAACUCACUACUGCUGAAAAAGCGAUGCUACUCGAAAGAGAAAGUACGAAGGCAAUCAAACAGGAGUGGGUCAUGCAUUGAGAGUGUAGCAAAGAGGAGACACUGCUACACACAUUUGUAGAUUCAUUGCAGAACUGAACAAAACUGAAAUAAUUACUUUAACGUUUUGUUUUAUUGAUGCUGUUUUAUGUGUCUGCUUAUAAUUAUUGUGA